AACAAGUAAACAGUUCGAAUUAACAACUUCUACAAACAUGUUCAACAAAACAUUCCUCGUGGCCCUCGUCCUGUGUGCCUGCUACUUUGGCGACACAAUGGCACGUCCUCAACUGCCCCCAAUACCCGGAGUACCCCAAUUGCCCCAAUUGCCCCAAAUCCCCGGAGUGCCUGGAUUGCCUGGAGUGGGCACGAUUACUGGCGUUGCUUCUGAUGCCGCAGGUGGACCAUUGGGUGCCCUCACUGGUCCGAAACUAGGCAAAUGAGAACUGCGCCAAAGGCAAAACAAAACAAAAAUGAUCGGCACAUCUAUCAAUUGUUAAUGUCAGUGUUAAUCUUUAAGUGAAACAGUAUACAAUCUAUGUCUAUAUCUAUCUACCAUUGGUUAUCGAAUAAAACAUACUUUCUUGCAAGCCGAAAAAAA